AUGAUUGAAGGCAACCGCAGUCGCAGGCUCGCCGCACCCCCGUUUAGAAAGAGGGCAUUUGAAAUCAUGCUCGGGCAUUCUGCGCCCAAGAGACCCAGCGAUGGAAACUCUGUCGAACAUUUUAAGCUCAAAAGGCCAAAGGACGAUGCUCUUCUACCCUCAAACUCAGGGCGCAAUACACCAGAAGGUGUGUUUAGCAGCCACUACGCCGACUUGAACAAAAUCAGCCAGUUGGAGAUUGGCCAUACCCCAGAGACUAAUCUGCGAGACCGAUCACCGUCCGGAGUUGAUGAGAAUAUAUGCUAUGGAAUGAUCUGCGACAUCACUGCCCAGGUCUGUAGUGUACCUGAUCAUCAAGGGUUGGCACUGCGGCAGACUGGCACAUCCGAAUCUAACCUGGUGUCAUUCUCUCUCAACAUAUUGAAAGACUGUGGCGAAAUCGUUUCCGAAGACGGGAAACCCAUAGCUCAAUUGAACACCAAGACACACACGAUUCUUCAACAUGUCUCGGCUGAGAUGAAGAUUGCCUUCACGGCGCUGUUCACGGCGGAGACAAUCACGAUGAAGUUGUCUGAAGCGGCGGCCCAUACUCGGAUGAAGCCAGGUGAUGUCAAAUGCACCGUUAAUAUCCUCAUCUGUGGUUCCCGAGGCGUCGCAAAAGAUGUCGCAAGCCGGCUAGGGAAAUACAGGCUCUUUCUCCAACACCCAUACCCACACGUAACGGACCUUGCGUACGAAAACCCUCAGUAUCUCCACAUUGACGGGGCAUCUCUCCUCAUGGGGUCUAUUUUGCCUCCCCUAUCUAUCGAGGUGAUGGAAGCUGGGGACGACAACUCAGAUUUGGGUGGGAUAGGAGUAGCUAAGAACAGCCAGCCAGAUCCGUGGUCCGUCCUAGAUGAACUUUCCGCACCGGAAAACCUACCCCAAGUCGAGGCAGAUGAGAGAAUAACAACGGAACUAUUGAGGUGCGUCUUAUAA